GGCUUCGCUUUUUCGCGAGCGGUCCGUUUAAACUAACACCACAGCUAACACUGAGUUUUAUCUUCGACCUUGUCGCCUCAGCAUAGAGCUUUACAACUUAACAACACUGUAUGAGCUCCGGCGCAUCGACUGAGACCUACAUUUCGAAUGUCACGAGAUGGCGCUGGUAGAGGAAACAGGCGCGGGAGCCUCCGCCGAAGACCCCGAGGCUCUCCUUAACGAGUGGCUGGGUGAACUUACAGUGCUCACAGCUGGGCUGAAUGCACCUAGCGAGGCGACAACGGCUCUGAGACCACUUGAGAUCGUAGCACCGAGGAUCGAUACGUAUCGAUUCUCAAUGGCCAACCUCGAGGAGACUCAGGACGCCGACCUGGACGCCAUCCUCGGAGAACUCUGCGCACUCGACUCCGAAUACGAUGAAGAAAUAUCCAGGAUGUCUUCAGGGUACUCAUCGGCGUCCAAAGAUCGCGGAGACGUCAGUGACGGGCAAAGACAAGAGUGCGGAAAAGAUGGCGAUGGAGCUUCCAACAUCACUCGCACCGACUCCCCCGACAAUGACUCCGCUUUUAGUGAUACUGUUUCCAUGCUUUCAAGCGAAUCAUCCGCUUCCAGUAGUGCAAGUGCAAAAUGUAAAGCUCUCAAACUAAAUCUUCAUCAGAAUCAAAAGGAUGCAGUGUUCCAACAAAAGGCCGACAAAAUAAAACUAGCGCUAGAGCGCAUGCGCGAAGCGAACAUAAAGAAAUUAUUUAUCAAAGCGUUUUCAAUGGACGGUUCGUCCAAGAGCCUGCUGGUCGACGAGAAGAUGAGCUGUGGAUACGUUACCAGACUGUUGGCUGAUAAAAACCACGUCACUAUGGAGCCGAAGUGGGCCAUUGUCGAACAUCUGCCUGACCUGCACAUGGAGAGAGUUUACGAGGAUCACGAAAUGCUAGUCGAUAAUCUGAUGUUAUGGACAAGGGAAUCGAAGAAUAAAAUACUUUUUGCUGAAAGAGCUGACAAAAUGUCUUUAUUUCAAACACCUGAAAAGUUCCUCUUAUCGGAAGACGACAAAGGUUGGUCAAGUGAGCAUGACGAACAUUCGAGGCAGGUGAUUAUAGAAGAAUUUUUUGGCCAAAGUGGCGGAACCACUAGUACGGUACCGUCAGUUUCUGGACACCCCGUUCCCCCUAUGGAAGGUCCUCUUUAUUUGAAGAGUGAUGCCAAAAAGGGAUGGAAGAAAUAUCACUUCGUACUACGACCUUCUGGACUCUAUUACUCGCCUAAAGAAAAAGUGAAGACUCUGAAGGAGUUAAUCUGCUUAGCAACAUUUGAUACUAACGAAGUGUACAUAGGGUUGAACUGGAAGAAAAAGUAUAAGUCGCCAACAGACUUCUGCUUUGCGAUCAAACACCCGAGGCUGCAGCAACCAAAGAGUGUUAAAUUUAUUAAGUUCCUGUGCGCAGACGAUCAGCGCACUCUCGAGAGAUGGGUCACCGCUAUGCGAAUAGCCAAGCAUGGAAGACAACUCUUAGAAAAUUAUCGCUGUUUGGUAGAGGAACUUACUCAAGAAGACUUAGAUCACUUAGCGCACGCUCGCUCAUGUUCGAUCACAUCGAUACCUACGAAAACUAAUGGAGGCGCAACAACUGAUGUCAGCAGCCCAGCUCAGGCCUCGUCUAGCAACGCUAGUGUGGUCAACUCGGACAUCAGUAGCGGCAGGCAUUCGCGCGCGUCUUCAUCUAGUUCCAGCGGCUGUAUGUCCGACGGUGGCACCGCUUCAGAAAGUGCUUUCGACUGCGAAUUUCCCAUGGGCACAAUAAAGCGCAAACCUUCGAUGAAACCGAACAUUCCUCUAACGUGGAUGACGCGGCAACUCAAAGAGAUGGUAGAGAAAGAUGGUGAGGGGGAAGGCGAGGAAGAGGGCGGUGGUGGCGACAGCGGCACACUCACGCGGCGCCCGCGCAGCGCCCGCUCUGACGACUCGACCCUCAAGCGUCAUCAUUCGCAUGGCACAUCAGACGGUACCACUUACGUAAACAACAACAGCUCUCUUCUACCCUCGACAGGCAGCCCUCUAAGACAUGAUCUACCCUUACCAUCUUACGAUCACUAUGAAACUAUUAACAGGGACAACGGUUAUUGUAAUAAUACAGAUACAAGUUCUUCACUUUAUGGCUACACUAAAAUAUACGAAAAAGUUCAAAGGUCCCCGGAAAUGACAAACAUUGAAGACUUACCAUUACCACCUCCUCCGAGUGAAGUCGUGUCUGACGCUAUGUUUAGUUCCACUUUAAGUCUAGACUCUCUACCGCCGCCGCCACCUCCACCUAAUUUGGAGCCCAUGGAAGACUUGCGCGGCUCACAGCUGAGUCUACCGCCUCCGCCGCCGGAACAUAAACUGGAAACUCCCGCAGGCCGGGUGCAGGACAUAGUAAGCCAACUCACGGCCCAACAAAUAGAACAAGCAGCCCGUGCAGGUCACUUGCGUACUAGCGUCCGCAGCUCUGACUCCAACCGGAGUUUUCCGCGCCAGCCGUCACUCGAUAGCGUCAAUUCUGAUACAUCUCGCACCUCUUCGCUUCAUUCUGAUAAAAGUUUGUAUGGUCAGCAAAAUGUUGCUUACGGUGCAUGCAUGGUUGAACUCCAGUCGCGAAAGCUUAGCAAUGGUAGUCCUUCCGUACAGAAGAAAGUUUCCGAACCUGCUAAAGACCGCACGGGAUCAGUAAAAAAGGUUAAUUUUGCAGACGAUUUGCCUACCUCUAUCGACAAAAAGAAUAACAAAAUUUCGUUCAACUUGAAGGAACCGCUUCCGUCUUCGCCUCGUAAACCUAUGCCUCCAAAAAGAAACGAGAGCACGAGACUCUCGUCACCCAAAAAGCUUACGGAAUCUACUAGUAAUCCUCCUAUAGAAUUUUUGAAAGAUCUACAAAGAGUAAUGAGGAAAAAAUGGCAAGUUGCCCAAAAAUGUAAACUAGAACCAGCAACGACACCACAUGAAGUGUUGGGAUUUCGAGAAUACCCUCUUUCCGAUGAUUACAAGGAAACAAGUGUAUCGAUGUGGGUCCAAGAGCAUUACGGUAGCGGGAUCGAAGAUCCUUUUUACGAAAACGUGUACGGGCGGGAGCAGUCAGUGAUGUCAGUACGACGCGAGGAACCCAAGCCCAUCAAAAAGCGGCCACCGCCAGCACCACCGCGACGCAGCGAGUCCACUCAUCUCUCUACCCACCAACACGCCUCCACCGUACAACCUACUGCUUGAUUCCUUCGUUAAUAAUGAGCUAGAAAAAUAAGAUAAAAUAUAUGUCUAUAGUCGUGGAUGUGCGUGUUAGUUAUAUAUGCAAUGAUGUUAGAGUUUUUCUGUAGGGGCUAAAGUUUCAAACUGCCAAUGUUUUUGCAUCUGAAUGUAUCCAAUCCCUAGCGUUAUUAUUAAGUACUCUCGGUCCCUAUGGAACACUAUUAGUUCUAAAUAAUACAAUUUAUACACAAAGGAGCUAAACAAAGUGAGAUACUUUAUUAUUAUUGAUGUAUACUGUAGCGCAGUGUCCAAUAAUUUUGUAAUGAAAUUAGGACCUCUUAUACCCUUAGAUAAGUUUUGUAUAUGGAAAAUUUAUAAAAUAUCUGAUAGACAUACACUUUGUCACUUUGAUAUGGAUGGGCAGCAAAUGGACAGCGUAUUGCUACUUAAACCUCAAGUUUUCUAGUAUUAAAGUGACCAAUGUCUAUUUUUAAUUCAUCCCCUGCCUAUAAUAAAUAUAUUAUAAGUGUAGUAAUUUCUAUGGCGGUGCUAUUUUGAAAGGUAUAAUAAGGUAUGAGGGUUGGUAUUUAAUAAUUUCACUUCGAGACAUGUUUUCGUUGAGGUGGAUUAUUUCUGCCGAGAUCGAGAGAUCGCGAGAUCUGGGUGGUUAUUAGUACUGAAGUUAGUUUUCCAAGUGAACUUAUUAAAUAUAUUAACGAAUGAGUUGGAGUUUUGUCAAUUUUAUAUUAUGUUCCUAGUUAAUUAUUGUAUUGCAUGUACUUAUGUUACUUUACCUUGUGGCAUGCGAACGAAAUAUUUUGUAAUAGUAUAUAUCUGCACCUAUAAUACGUAAAGACAUAAAUAGCAUCCAUACCUGUUUGAAAAAAAUGUACAGUGCUUCUCACGUGGCAAAUUAACGGAGUACCCAAAGUACCUAUUAGUUGUAGAUAUUCUUGGAGUAACUUCUAUACUUACCUACUUCUUUCUUUUUUGUUGAACUAAUUGUAUCGGAAUUGGAAUCAAUGGUGUU